AUCAUGCAAAACCAAAGUUUUGUAACUGAGUUUAUCCUCCUGGGAAUUUCACAGAAUCCAUAUGUUGAGAAAAUUGUGUUUGUUAUAUUUCUUUUUGUUUACAUUGCAACCAUCUGUGGUAACCUGCUGAUCGUGGCAGCCAUCCUUAAUAGUUCAGUACUACUGAGUUCCCCAAUGUACUUCUUCCUGGCUUUCCUGUCCUUACUGGAUGCAUGUCUCACCUCUGUUAUUGCCCCCAAAAUGAUUAUAGACUGUCUCUAUGAGAAGAAAACCAUCUCUUUUGGAGGAUGUAUGGCACAAGUCUUUGCUGGACACUUAUUUUCUGGAGCAGAAGUGAUUGUUUUAACAGCUAUGGCCUAUGACAGGUAUGUGGCUAUCUGCAAACCCUUGCAUUAUACAACUAUCAUGAAUUCAAGGCUCUGUGGUGUUCUCAUAGGAGUAGCCUGGGCAGGGGGUUUUCUGCAUUCUACUAUACAACUUCUCUUUACUUUUCAAUUGCCUUUCUGUGGCCCCAAUAUCAUUGAUCAUUUCAUGUGUGAAUUGUAUCCAUUACUGAAACUUGCUUGUACUGAUACUUAUGCCUUUGGCUUAAUGGUGGUGGCAAACAGUGGGUUCUUUUGUAUCCUCAUCUUUUCCAUGUUGCUUGUGUCAUAUAGUGUCAUCUUGUUCUCCCUGAGAAACCACAGCUCUGAAGGCCAGAGGAAAGCCCUUUCCACCUGUGGAUCUCAUGUUGCUGUUGUGGUUUUGUUCUUUGUCCCAUGUAUUUUUGAAUAUGCACGACCUCCAAUUUCCUUUUCCUUUGACAAAAUAGUGGAGAUAUUCUGCACUAUCUUAACUCCUUUACUCAAUCCUUUGAUUUAUGCUUUCAGGAAUAAGGAAGUAAAAAAUGCCAUGAGCAAACUGUGCAAUAGAAUAAUGAUUGUUUCCAUUGAAAAAUAA